AUGAUUCUCUUUCUCUUCUAUUUGGAUCAUUUUCUCUUUCUUUUUACAAAUCCUUUCUUCUCUUUUUCAUUCUUUUACUUGCUUUUUUUAUAUUCCACUCCCAGUUUGUGUACUUCAUUUUUAAUCUUUUUUUCAUUUUUUUUUCGGCAAUUUUUCUUUCUUUUCAUUGCGUUUUUUCUUUUCUUUUUUUUAUCUGUCCCUUUUUUUUUUCGUUCUCUUACUCAUUCUUUUACUUGCUCUUUUUAUAUUCCUCUCUCGCUUCCUUUUCUUCACCUUGAUUCUUUUUCUCUUUCUUUCUUGCAAUCUUUUCUUUUUUUUCAUUCUCUCUUUACUCUUUUCAUGUUUCUCUCUAUUCCUCUUCUCCUCCCUAAAUUAUUUCCUCUCUCUUUAAAAAAAAAUCCUUUUCUUUUUCAUUCUCUUUCUUUCUCUUUCUCUUAUUAUCUUCCUCUACCGAUUUAUCUUCAUCAAUCUUUCUCUCUCUCUCUCAUUCUCUUUUUCAUUCAUUUCCUCGCCCUUUAUUUGCUUCUCUCUCUUUUCGUCUCCUUCACUUUAAAUCUUUUCCUCUUUCUUUCUCUCUCUCUCUCACUUAAUAUCUUACUCUUUCUUUCCCAUUUUUUUUCACUUCUACUUUUCUGUACACUCUUAUUUAUUCUUUAA